GGUAGGAAGAAGUACUUAUACAACAUACAGGUAGGAAGAAGAGUUAAUCUGGAUUUGUGAACAUUGGUGUGUAUUGAAGCCCCUCGAUACGAUCUGGUGGUACCAAUUACCUCCAAAAGUCACAUAAUCAGUUAAAUAUAGUCCACCUGUGUGCACUCAUUAGAGUCAAAUCAUGUAGCGGAAGAACCAGACAAGACCAGGACCAGAACUCACGAACCAGCCAAGACCAGGACCAGAACUCAGGGCCCAGACAAGACCAGGACCAGAACUCAGGGUUAUCUUUGGUCUCUUAGCAGGUUUGUUGUGGAGUCGUUCUCGUACUAUUUCGUCAUAACGGAUUAAAUUGAGACUCUUGGACGACACACGGGUGAACUGUCUGUAACUACAUGUGUCCUCUGAAGGUCAUCGGUUGCAGCGGAUCUGAUUAAAGUCUAAAAACGAGUUUGUUCAUGUUUUCAUUUCAUCAAUUUUGACCAUUUUUGCGUCAGUUCGUUUCCUAAAAUCUGAAUAAAAUCCAUUUAAACUUCAGGCUGUAAUGCAACACAAUAGGAAAAACGCACAAAGAGGUGUGAAUACUUCACAACGCAAAGAGUCUCUGAGGUGUUCGUUCAGAUCUUGUUCGACAUUCUUUGACAACCUGAGCUGUUAGUUUAGUUUAUUUAUUUAUUUUGCACAAUUUAAACAAUAAAAUAAAAUAAACAAGCACAACAGAGAUAAAUAAUAUCUCAGUGCAGGAAGAGGCCAAAGGCCAACUGGGUUUAUUUGAAGCCUGCACCUUUAUAAUAGAACAGAGAAUGGAUGUUGUAGCUGUUGACAUAUUAAACAUAAGUACGGUGGUGUAGGUCUGCGGGUGGAAACACAGAGACUCACCUUUAGAUCCUGGGUUCAUGUUGUAGAUUAAAACUGCUAAACAACAUGAAUGACAGGUUUUCUGCUCUGACAGCAAACAUGCGGUUCACAUCUUGAUAGUGUGUCAGUAUCACAUUACCCCCCCGGUCUCAGUACUCGUGACCCACUUAGACCUAAACCAGUAGAAGUCAGGUCCGAGAGCUCUGCCGUGUUGUGUAAACACGAUAAUCUGUGAAUGCGUCUCGUCCAGGUGACCUACCGAGUGAUCCAGGUGUCCGAUGGACAGCUGGACGGACAGACGGACGCGGCCGUCAGCCUGGUCACCGGGUUCCCAGCAACCAGUCAGACCGUCACUCAGGCUGUGUUCUCUCAGCCCGACGGGUUGGAGAGCGACGGCGGUGGCGCUGAGACGCAGUACACCUACUACCCGGCCACUAUCGCCGACGCUGCCACUGGCACCAUGGUGACCACGGUACAGGCCUCUGACACUCUGCUGGGUCAGACCACACCCACCGGUAAAUACCGCCGAGACACAGAAACACGGGCUGAAGAUUACGCUGUUAUGUUCUCGACCAGAAAAAAAUAAGAGUAGAACGGACAUUCACUUUUAAGUUAAUGUAGCAAGAUGGUCAGAGCAGCGGCAGUCGCCAUGUUGGUAUUUUUCUCAACCAGUGAACAGGAAGUGACCAUAUCUGGAC